AUGAUUUUUUUUGUUUUUCAGCUUGCAAUAAUCAAGCAAGAUGCUAUGCUGGUUCGUAAUGCAGUCAUCUUGUUGGAAAACGAAAAGGAAAGUUUGCGUAAGGCUAUUCGCAAGUUGAAGCUUGAAAAUGGCCGUAUGAAGCUUAAAAUUAAAACUUUAAAUGAAAAAGUUGGCAAAUUGACAAAUGAAAAGCUUGUUGAUGUUGACGAUGGGCGAGCUCCAGAAUCUGAAUAUGACUAUGACGAUCUUAAUCGAGACUUUUAUUUGAUUGGAGGAAUACAUGGUUUCUUUUUAAAAAUUUUUUUAGGUUUAAGGGAGGGGAAUCAGGCUGGGUUUAGGAAUUAG